ACCCACUAAAUUACAGUAAGAAAGCAAAAAUGAAUGCUCCGCCAAAGCCGCCGCCGACACCAGUGCCCCCUGUGGACCCCGUGGCGGUGCAAACGGCGCUCGACAAGAAGAUGAAACAGCGUCUGUACAUUCGCAAGAUGAUGCGUAUUUACCGAGACGAACAUCGCCAGAGUCGCGAGCAUCUGAUCAAGCGCAUCCACGAACUGUCCGCGCACAUGGCGGAGCUCGUGCGUCGGGCAUCUGCCCGCGAGGAAUCGUCGACGCUGUUGUCUUGGCGAGAGGUUUCACAUGCCAUGCGCGAGGGCGUGCAUGUGUCCUCGGGCGAGACCAAGCGACUCCAAAACCAAGUGGAUGUGUACCGUGGUCUCGUCGACCACAUGUACCGAUGGAUCGCGUCGUGCGAACAUGUUACGGUCUCAUUGAGCCCGACCGCGCCAUCGUGGAGAAUGGCGACGCUGCUGGCGGAACCGCAGUCGCGACGCCUGGGCAAAGAAUGGAUUACGCGGCAGCUGUACCACAACACCGGUCGCAUGUUUCAAAACUUCCCGCUCUCACCGUCCGAAGACCUUUCUGCGAUCGACGUCACCUUCCACGAGGGGCUCAUUAAUAUCUCGGUCCAUCGCCAAGUGACGUUGGCAGCGUCGCCGCACCAAGUGCUCGACUUGUAUCGGCAUCAUUUGGUCGAUGUGUUGAUGGCAGAUCAAUUUGGCAAUGCCCCCAUCGAGUCACUCGCCGAAAGCACAGACACGACCGUGCUGCAUCAAGCGGUGGUCCCCCAGAGCGGCGAAUUCAUGUCGCUUCUCGGCGGAGAGUUCCAUGAGGGUCCAGACAAGACUGUGUUUGUGGUGCAGCAGAUCGUCGACGACGAGACCCAGCCCGAUCACCAUCACACGCGCCGGCAGCGGAAUCGCAUGUUUUGGUGCGUUCCAUCUUGUUUAUCAUGGCAUAUCUAUAGGCUUAAUAGGGCGGAGCUGCGACCGCAGUCCGUGGGAGGCGGGACGCAUGUCAAGUACGCCGGUGUCAGCACGCAGAGUUUCAACCAAGGCCGGUACUUCACGCUGGACGAAGAAGCGUCGAGUGUUGGCCUGGACUUGACGGCGUGCCCAGAGGUGGACAAAGAGGAGCAGCUGAAACUCCACUUGACGCGACUCGUAUUGCAAAAACGGCCGCGCUGUCGGCAUCGCGCCAGUGAGAUCCUCAAGGGGGGGUAAAAACUACAGUAACUAGGGCGGAACACUUGUGUGUAUUCACAACAUGCACGUCAUGUUGAUGCUUGUA